AUGGCCGGCUCCGAAGCUACGCCUAAAGAGAAGCGGAGGAAGAAGAACAAAAAGAGAAAGCAAAGGAGCCUUGGAGAAUCUGAAAGGCCUUCCAAAACGCACCGGAUUAGGGUAUCGGAGAAAGAGAGUGAACCACAAGAAGUGGAAGUAAAACGAGCUGAAAAGCCCCAUCUCAGAGUACCCAAUCAGGAGCUCGAACAAGGUGGUCCAUGGAGGAACCUGGAGUUAGUUUUGUCCAUUCAGAACAAAGAACUUGAUCUUCAGAAGAAGGUGGAACUAGCUUAUGGCUUUGUCAUAUCGAGAGUGAAAGAAGAAGGCAGCAAGAGUGAUCAGGAUAAUCAAGCAGUGAAUAUGUCACGUUUAAUAAUUUUUGUUAAUGAUUGGAUCCAGUCAUUGUUGAUUUCUUCAGGAAAGAAAAUUCAGAGUGGCGGAGAGAUGCAUCAAGCUGAAGUGAUCGAGACAUAUUUGGAUUUUAGAUGCUGGGAGAUUUUCAAAUUCUGUUUGGAGGAGUCUUUGAAAUUGAAUGUUUCUCUAAGUUUCUCCCGGAACCUAUUACGCUCUAUUUGUUUGAUUGCAAGAAAUGCACUGUCCUUAUUGAACAAAACAUCUUCACAUCAAACAGAUUUAUUUUCCAUUGGCGAAGGGUUACCAUUGUACAAUACUGUGCUUGAUUGCAUUUCUUUAGUAUUUUCAUCCCAUGGAGGCUUGUCGAAUGAAAAUUUAGACCUGGCCCACCCAGCUCGGAAGAAUGGAUUUCGUGAUUUCAUCGAUAAACUCCUUGAGCCUCUGUUGCAUCUCUUAGGUCUCUUGCAUCUUCAGAUUGAUGUAAGUAAUCCUAGUAGAGCAAGGAACUUACUGAAGCUAGUUGAAGAAGUACUAUCUCAUGGGCUGUAUCACCCAGUCCACAUUGAUGGAUUUUUGAACUUAUGCAGCAGUGAAAGAUAUUCCACCUUCAAUUAUGGGAAGUCAAAAGACUCAAAAACAAUACUGAAGAGUUAUCACAGGCAUUUAUUUGAUAAGCUGGAAAAAAUUUUGGCUGCAAAGAAUGCUUUGGCAGUGGAAAGCAUGGGAGAACUUUUUCGCUUGCUUAUUGAUCAAGUUCAAAAGCUAAAAAGGGCUUCAGUGCCGGCCGAAAAUACAAAAAUGAUGGGGAAGACUGAAGCUUCAAAGCAAAUAGAACAUAAUUUAAUGGGUCAUACUUCUAAGAUGUCUUCUGGGAGUAGUACUGCACUAGUUGAAAAUAAUUACUGCUCAACUAGUUUCAGUGCAGAAACACGAAAAUCACUUCUUGAUUUUUUUGUACUGAUUAUGGAGCCUCUUCUGCUUGAGAUUAAUGGCUAUCUUGAAACUAAGCUGGAAGUGGGACCCAUAUUGUCGGAUGUUCAUUGCACACUUAAAUCUAUUAAUAAUUUACUUUCUGGCUUUAUGCAUGAAAAGGUUUAUGUGAGAACAGAGGACACGUCAGAGGGAGCUUGCCUUAAUUUCUUGAAGAAGGUCUAUAAUAUGAUUAUAUCAUUGUCCUCCAAUUUAAUUCAGUCGUCAAAAUAUGGUGUAGUUAACGGGACACACAUGGAUACAUUAACUUUAAUAGCCAAUGAGGUACUUUCUGCUGUAGGGUAUCUUUUGGAAAUUGAAUAUGAGGUUAUAGAGAAUGAUUUGGUAACCUUGUGGCUUCUGAUGCUUUCUUACUUAGCCAUUGGUCUUUCUCUGAUGGAAGUUCCGGAUCGGUGCUCAUUAUCUUUCAAGAUAACAGAUAUUGGAUGCCAAUUAGUUAUUCUCUAUAGUCAACUUCGCCAGGUGAAUAAUACUAUUUUUGCAUUGUGUAAAGCAAUAAGGCUUCUAAAUUCACGUAAUGGUGAUGGUGAACUGAAAUAUACUAGAUUUGUGAUUUCUUUACAUGGUGAAGCUUAUGCAAAAUCAGUGGAAAUGCUAUUAUGUGCACAAGAGUUUAAGAUUGCAAUACAACAAGCUAUUAAGUCCAUACCAGAAGGACAAGCAAGUGGGUGUAUUGGGCAGUUAACAUUGGAUAUAUCAGAAUCUCUAGAGUGGCUGAAAAUUAGUUGUUUGAAAGCUGAUGAAAAAGAAUUUGGCAAACGGGAUGGACGAAGUAGCUUGCAGAACUUUAAUCUAAAAGCUGAACUUUUGGGGAGAGGGUUGUCUGAAGUGUAUGCACUAGUGCUAGACUCGUUGUUUGUUACACCUGGAAACUGUAACCUCCUUGGAGUUUCUGUAAAGGAUCUUAUAGCAGUAAUUUGUGCUUGCAUGAGUAGUCUGGUAGGACUACAGCCAGAUGCUGUAAAUGAGUUCCUCUUUACUGUCACAGGAAAAGGAUUUGACAAUGAGACAGCCGAAAACAAAAAUAAUCUUCAGAUAUUUGGAUUGUCCACUCAUUGGGUGUUUGUGUUCUUCUUUCGAUUGUAUAUGUCCUGCCAAAGCUUAUAUAGGUCAGCAACGAGCCUUAUGCCUCCAGAUUUAUCAAGAAAGAUGUCUGCAGCAAUGGGAGAUUCAUUCACAUCAUACUCUGGUAGCGAUUGGAUUGAUAUGACUGACUGGAUCAAUGGGGAAUAUUUUUCUUGGAUCGUUCAACCUUCAGCUUCUCUUCCUGUUGUUAUUCAAUCCAUUUCAAACAUCUAUUGUAAGGACAGUGCAGCCGAUUCUUCUCCUUUGACUUAUGUGAUGCAUGCUAUGGCUGUUAGACGGCUUGUCGAUUUGAAUAGGCAUAUAAAGUCUUUUGAAUAUUUGAUGCGAAAUAAUGAAAAUCUGGUGCAAGUCAGGUUGCUUGAUGAUGCUGGCUUGUCAAGGUGUCGUAAAAGAAGCAAAAAGUUGGAAAGGCACAUCUCUGUUUUGAGGGAAGAGGCUUCAGGUCUUGCUGGUUUUAUGAUGGAGCACCUAUCAUUAGUGCCCGAAGAUCAACAGCCAAUGUCCAUUUCUGAUGAUACAACUUGUAAUAAGAUGAUUUCCCAUGAAAGUGAUGAAUGGGAUUUCAGUGUUUGUGCGUUGAACAAGAAGUCAUUGCCAACUGCAAUAUGGUGGAUUCUUUGCCAGAAUAUUGAUACUUGCUUUGGGGUGGUUAGAGAGUACAAUAACCGUGCAGCUGAUAGGCUGAAGAAAGUAACCUUGCAUCAAAUCUCAUCACAAUGCUUCAUUGACUCCAUUCUGUAUUUUGCAUCAACGUUUUGCCAUGCAUUGGAGAAAUCUACAUUACCAUUGAUCAGUGACUUCUCAUCUGGCAAUUUUGAUUUCAAAUCAUCACCUGAUUGGCCGAAGGUUUUAAAUUCCCUGGGGAACUCAUCAGUGGUUGUUUCAUGUAAGAAUCACUACAUAUUUGAUUGUUCCUCAGCAGAAAGCCCGGUCACUCAUUCUUCUGAUGAGCUGCGUAAAGGAAGUUUCAAGGAACAAAAAGAUCUACAAUCGACCAUCAUGAAAUUUAUAGCUUGCCAGAGUUUACUUAAUCUUUUGCUUGUUGUUGGCGGCUUAUUAGAUUAUCAGAAUGCAUCAUACUCGCAUCACUAUCACGAGCUCUUUAGAUUGUUUGUGUCUUGUCGGAAGGCCUUGAAAUAUAUAAUUCUGGCUUGUGAGGAGAAGACAGCAGAUAGUCAAACCUCACAUACUUUAGUGUUCUUUGAGGAUUCGUUUCCUAUUUUAUGGCUUUACAAGUCAGUGUAUGCGGUUGUUGGGCUUGAAGAGUCAUUGCCAAAAGAUAAUUGCCGUCCGGUUAGUGAUAUGAUCUUGUCCUUGAUGGAUCACACAUUUUAUGUGUUUCUCACAUUAAGUAAAUAUCAGUCUAAUCAUGCUGUUCAUUUCUCUAAAGUUGCUGAACUGAAUGCUGGACUUGUCCAUGAACAUAGUAGUUUAAGUGAAUCUGAUACGUGCUUGGAUUCUUCCGACUAUAUUGAAGCUUGGAAAAGUGUAACCAAUAUUGCUAAGAGUUUGAAGGAACAGAUGCAAAGCUUACUGGUAAAUUUGAAGGAUGCCCUUUGUAAUGGAAAAGUGGGGAUUGGUGUUGAUGGUUUAAAUUUGAACAAGUUCUCAUCCUUAAUUUCUUGCAUUAGUGGGUUUUUAUGGGGCCUAGCAUGUUUUGUGAACCAUACAGAUUCGAGAAGUAGUGAUCAUAAAGUAAACUCAUCAAGGCAGAAACUUGAACCCAUCUCUGAACUUCACCUCUGUAUAGAUGUUUUUGCAGAAUUCUGUAGUCUGCUCUUACCAAUGUUAGUUUGUGACAGUAGUCAACAGUCCAGAACUUUAUGUGACUCUCAAAAUCUUCAAAAGUCAGACUUCAAUGUAGAUUUGUUGGGUGUGCCUGAAGGCACUGAUGUUGAGACUGAUAUUGCAGGUGUUGAACUGCAUGAUGAAUCUGGUGCUGCAAUGACAGCAUCAUCUGACAUCCAUGAUUACUCUGGGUCUGGUAGUGUUCAUAGAAGAAGGUUGCACUUGGAAGGUGCAAAUUGUGCUGCCAGUGCACUGAAUGACGUUGAUUCAUUUAUAUUGCAGUCUUUGAAUAGGCCUUUGUUGAGACGCCUGCUAAAUGGUGAUUACCCUGACGCAGCAUUUUUGCUCAGGCAGUUGUUAAUUGCAUCUUCAGCUAUUUUGAGGCUAAGUUUGCAUAUGAAUAGUCCUCCCCUGUCUUCAAGCUUGGUGCAUACUUUUACUGGCAUUACACAAGUCUUGUUAUUGGAAUCAACGGGCAUGAAUCAGGUGCCGUGCUUUUUUUAUUUUGUGUGUUUAGAUGGUGUUCUGAAGUAUUUGGAAGAAAUAGCGAAUCAUUUUCCUCUGACUAAUCCUACCUUAUCCAGAAGUUUGUAUGACAAGAUGGUUCAGCUACAGUUAAGGGCUUUAGGAAAAUGCAUAACUUUACAGGGGAAACGAGCCACCCUAGUAUCUCAUGAGACAGAGUCAAGCACCAAAAUGCUCCAUUCUCCUAUGGAAUUUUCUGAAGCAUCUCUGUCUGGCCGGCCAUACUUAUUGGAUGAACUUAAAGCUAGGUUGAGGUCAUCGUUCACGGUGUUUAUAAAGAAACCAUCAGAGUUGCAUCUUUUAUCUGCUGUACAAGCUAUAGAGAGAGCACUAGUUGGUGUGCAGGAUGGGUGCACCAUGAGUUAUGACAUACAUACUGGAAGCGUAGAUGGGGGAAAAGUUUCUUCAGUUGUUGCAGCUGGCAUUGAUUGCUUGGAUUUGAUUCUAGAACACGUUUCAGGACGCAAACGUUUGAAUGUGGUUAAAAGACACAUUCAGAGCUUUAUUUCUAGCUUGUUCAAUGUUAUUCUGAACUUGCAGAGUCCAGUAAUCUUUUAUGAGAGAUCGAUCCAGAAUAAAGGGGAUACUGAUCCAGAUCCAGGAACAAUCAUUCUUAUGUGUGUUGACGUACUGGCAAGAAUUUCCGGCAAGCAUGCUCUGUACCAAAUGGAGGCCUGGCAUGUAGCACAAUCUUUACGUAUACCGUCAGCACUUUUUCAAGACUUCCAUCUUUUAAAACUUUCUGAAGCUCCUGUUCCCGAUGAUUCUUCAACAGUUCCAAAUAACCAAAUCUCUAAUUCAGUAGCAAGUAAACAUUUCUCUGGCGUAGAUAGGCAAUACUCAAUCGACCUAUUUGCUGCUUGCUGCCGGUUAUUGCAUAAUGUUCUGAAGCAUCACAAAAUUGAAUGUGAACGGUGCAUUGCCGUACUUCAAGCUUCUGUUGGUGUUCUUCUUCAUUGUUUGGAGACAGUGGAUGCUAAUGCAGUCGUCAGGAAAGGUUUCUUUUCGUGGGAAGUGGAAGAGGGAGUCAAAUGUGCAGGACCAAAGGCCCCCAACUAUUUCUCCUCCUUAAAGAAUCAAGUUUCAGCAUGA